CAAAAGGUCAAAUGUUUGUACUUCUGUUAUUUACCAUUCCAAAAGCCAAUUGUUAAGGUAUAGAUGUGUUUGGAAUUGGUCUAAACCUCUAAUUACAUAGUGCCCCUCUUCAAUGAAUCUCCCGUUUCUGACCUUUGCUGGGAUUGAUGGAAUUUGUGGGUAAAAGACAGGGUUAAAUGGUCAGUUCGAUCGAUCAAAUACUUGCUGGUAUGAAAUGAUUAAGAUCACUGAUCGGAUAAACCAAACCAAAUGGUACUCUAAUAAGAUCAAUACCGUUGAAUGCAGACAAUGCAUUCUAGAAGCAGAGAAUCAAAUGCAUAUAUUAGUCUUGAUCGAAAAUAUUAAUUUUCGUGCAAGAGAAGUUAUAUUGACCAUCGACAGUAUUGGACGUACUGGGUCAGUGCUUGACCUUUGCAGGUUGAUCAGGUUGACUUGAACUUUCUUUAUGCUGAAGAGGUCGACUUGGAACUGUUAACUCUAUAAAAGAUGAACUGAGGGUUUGAACUUUCUGUAACCCUUUCUCUUCUAAGUUUCUAUUUCAAUCCUUCCCCCUUCACUAAGUUGAUGAAUAUGCGGUGAACAGCUUGGUAUCAGGAACUUCAUUAAGUCUUUUGAUUUAGGUACAUCUAAUUAGAUUGAAGAUUUGAAUCAUUGUCAUGGAAGACGAUAAAGAAAUCAAUGUUGAAGCAUUGGAAAACAACAUUAGUUCAAAACUUCACUGUGAUUCACCCCUGUCUGCCAAGUGCUGCAUUUUCAGAGUUCCUCAGGUUAUUAGGAGACAAAAUCCAAAGGCAUAUCAACCUGAUGUUGUCAAAAUUGGACCCUUUCAUGAUCGAGGCAGUAAACACUUCCAACCCAUGGAAAAUGUGAAGCUCUGGUAUUUGCGUAACCUUCUCUUGCGCAAGAAUGUAACUUUGAAAACGUUAAUUCAAGGCAUUAAUAUUAUCGAGUUUGAGAAACAUGCCCGUGAGUUUUAUGCAGAACCACUUGAUCAUCUAAACAAGAAUGACUUCAUUGAAAUGAUGAUACUUGAUGGUUUGUUCAUAAUCGAACUAUUUCGGAAGCUUUGGUUUAGUGAAGAUAUCAGCAUCAAUGACCCGAUAUUCAACAUGGAUUGCAUGUUUCAGUAUUUAUGCCAUGACCUUUUGCUACUUGAGAAUCAGCUUCCUUGGUUUGUUCUCAACUCUUUAUAUAUCCUUACGAAGGAGACUGUUGAUUGCUCCCUGAAAAAACUUCUGCUUGUCAUCUUUUACUCAGAACCACAACUGGGACUUAACUCCAAUCGCUUCAUAGAUCAUAAUACCAUUUUCCUAGACACUGAUCACUUUGAUGAUGAUCCUGAUCAUGACGACAAAAUUUUGCACAUACUUGACCUCAUAAGAACUUCAAGUGUUUUCAAAUUCAAAGAUGAUCGGUUUCAGCAAUCUUUCUACGGUCCUAACACGCAAUUGAAAAUACAUCCGACUACUACUCUCUCAGACGUCGCAAGUGACAUCAGUGACAGCAUAGUGAAUAUAGAAUUGGAAGACAGAGUUUAUAACAAUUUUCACCCGCCAUCCUACGGCCUUAAGACACAGUUUAUGCAUCCGGCCACUACUCUAUCAGAGGCAGGAGUCGUAUUCAGAAUGGAUUCCGGCGAUAGGAAGAGCAUAAUGGACAUAGAAUUCGAAGAUGGAGUGUUUACUAUUCCACCACUAGUCAUUGGAGAGUUGACAGAAUCACUCUUCAGGAACUUGAUUGCAUUUGAGCAAUGCUAUCAUGGAUGUUCGCAUAAAAUAACUUCAUAUGUGGUUCUAAUGGAUAACCUCAUCGCUUCACAAAAGGAUAUGAAUUUGUUUUGUGAGAAAAACAUAAUAACUACUAAUUGGCGGAGUGCUGAAUUAGACACGUAUCAAUUCUUCAACAAGCUUUAUAAGGACACCUCGCUUAAGGAGUUCUUGUAUGAUGGACUGUGCUACCAAGUAAAUGAACAUUACCAAGUUGCACAGGACAAAAAGCUUCAAAGAAUGAGGCGUGAGCUACGAACUACUGCACAGUUGAAGCGUGAUUAUCUAACGUGGAAUGUUACUUCAACAAGCCUCUGGAAAGUUACUUCUUUGAUUGCAGCUUCUGUCCUUUUGGGAGUCACCAUACUUCAAACCAUAUAUGCCAUGAAGCAAUAUUAUUAUUCCCUUCGAUAAUGUUAAUUUGUAACUCGUUUACUUUGUAGAUUAAGCAUUCAUUUUAGUGUACAUUGUUACUUUGAGAGGCUACUACAAUAAGGUCACUGCUAUCACCUUCUAAUUUGUAAAACCUUUACAGAGAAAUACAGUAGUCUUCUUCCUCUUUU